CCUCCCCGGGGCGGCUCCGCGGCGGCCGUGGGGAGCCAGGCCGCGUCCAGCGACGCCGCUGCUUCCAUCUGUCCAUCCGUCGGUCCCUCGCUCGAUCCCUCUCCCUGGCUCUCCGUCCCUCGGCCUUCGCCAUGUCGUCGGGCGGCAGCCUGAGCACCCUGCAGCGGCUGGUGGAGCAGCUGAAGCUGGAGGUGGCCGUGGACAGGAUGAAGGUCUCUCAGGCAGCUGCAGAACUCCAGCAGUACUGUAUGCAAAAUGCCUGCAAAGAUGCCUUGCUUGUUGGGGUUCCUGCAGGGAGCAAUCCCUUUCGAGAACCCCGAUCUUGUGCUCUACUCUGAAAUCAGGGAAGCUCAUGGGAGAGUUGCCUUCAAGCAUGACAUGAAUAACAACUGCCCUUCCUACACAAGAAGAGUCUCCCUCUGUGUCCUAACUAAAUUUAGCAUGGCUGCAGCGAUGUCCUAGAUAUUUAUCUGUUUGUUCCUGUGUACACUUCACUAUCUUUUGUUAAUGACCUUAAAGUUUGUUAAUGUGACUCUUAUUCUUUUCAUAAUCACCACCAUUGUUACUACACUAUCCUAAUUAUACAAACAUUAACUUGAGAAGUUUACAUUUUAGAAAGGAAAACCUUGUUUUUUUCCAAAUUAUUUAUUUCUAUCUUCGUGAAGACCUGGAACCAACUGGAAUUUUUUUCCAAGUGCUUCUAAGUCUGUAAAUGACACAGAUCAGAAACUGCUGGACACAACACGUGGCAUAGGCUUGAUUCCUCAGGCAUGUUUCUUACAAGGCUUCUGAUUGGUAAUAGUCCUAAUUUGUAUUUGUAACAGGCGGCACUUCCUUGUGUUGGGGUUUAACCCAAACCAGCAACUAAGCGCCACUGAUCACUCCUUCUGCUCUCAGCAGAAAAGAAGGAGAAACUUGUGGGUUGAGGUAAGAACAGUUUAAUAACUAAAAGGAAGUGUAACAACAACAAUAAUAAUGAAGAAAAUACAGAAAUGAAAGAAAUCAGACCCAAGACAGACAAGUGCUGCCCAGUGCAGUUGCACCCACCCACUGACCUUUGCCCAGACAGUCUUCAAGCAGCAAUAUUCCCUUCCCCACCAGCGCCUCCCAGUUUUUGUACUGGGCAUGAUGUCCUGUGGUGUGGAAUAGCCCUUGGGCUAAUUUGGGUCAGCCAUCCUAGCCAUGCUCCCUCAGCUUUUUGUGCACCUCCUCUCUGGCAGAGCAUAGGAGACUGAAAAAUCCUACACCUUUGUUUCCCCGAGUCAAGUCUGUCUUGCCCAAGGGCCAUAACUGGUGUGUGAUUCCUCCUUGUCCUUGUCACAACCCACAAGACCCUUGGCCAUCUUUUUCUCUCUCCGUCCCACUGCUAGUGGGGAGGACUGAGCCAGUGACUGUCCUUAAGCCACAAUUGUUACCAACAUUAUGGUCACACUAAACGCUUCACACAGCAGUGUACCAGCUACUGGGAAGGAAAUUAAUUUGGUCCCAGCCAAAUCCAGAACACCUUGACAGGUGUAAAAUGUGGCAAAACAGGCACUAAGAGUCCAUGAACACCCAUAGGUAGGUGCAUGCGUAAUUGUCAAGCAAUACAUAGGACUUAAAAAAUGUACUUGGUCAUUUGCCUUCAGUUUUUUAUAGAGCACUUUUACAAGGACAGAUAACUUUUAAAAUAGGUUUUUACUUUUGCCUACUUUGUAUUGUUUGUAUUAAUCUUUCAGAAGUUUGAAAUAAAAGUCUUUUCCCUA